GCUUUAUUGAAGAAGAAGUUCAUUCCCACUCAUUAUAUAAGGGAAAACUUUGCUAGGCUUCAACACCUAAGGCAAGGAAAUCGGUCCGUAGAAGAAUACAAUCGAGAGUUUGAAGAACUCUUGAUGCGGUGUGAUCUCCAAGAGAAUGACUCACAAACCUUUGUGAGAUAUCUCUUUGGCCUAAACACCCAAAUCGCCAACACAGUGGAGCUGCAAACCUUUGAGAACCUUGAAGAGCUAACCAAGUUAGCACUUAAGGUGGAAGCCCAACUCAAGAAGGGCAAAUCUUCUUUGAGCCGUGGCAAUUCUUCCUACCCUAGUACAUCAAAUUCCACCCCCCUUGCUGCCCAAAAUCUCACAGAUCCCUCCCCUCAAAAUCCUAAAACUGAGAAUCACUCUUUCCCCAAUAAUACCAUCCAACAAGCUGCCCGAAACACCGCCCCCAUCUGUACUUGCCAUGUUUGCCUACCGCGAAUUUAAAGAGUUACAAUAUGACCCUUUGUUUGAGCAAAAUCAGCCGUUGAGCCUUUUUGAAGAUCCCCUAUCCGACCCCUUCUUUGGAACGGAAAACCUCGGGGGCAAACCAACACUAACGGCUUUUAAUGCCAACACUUUUUUGCUUAAUUUUCAGGUCAUUCAAAAAGGCACAGGUGUGAGAGAGAACAAGUCCUCAAGGUGUUCUAGAGAUAAAGAUAGAUUACCAUAUCCAAACCCCGAAGAUGAGCGUGAAGAAAAGCCGAGUUUGAGG